ACAGUUUCUGACGCCCUGGGGAAAACCGUGUACUCGUAUACAAGCAGUUUUGCUCUUUAAAUGUGUUAACUGUCUCUUCAGGGAACAGUGAAAUUUUAAACUUGUAGUCUGUGUGUGUGGGUCCCUACAUAAGACUUGCUGAGCGUGUGAGAGGUUGCAGCUGGCGCACUGAGACGUACACAGGGUUUCGAUUGCUACCAGCGGGUGAUGGCCGAGUCCUGAUGCAGACCAGUGUACUGCUCGAGCUGGACUGUCCAGACCUCUGCAUGAAGACCGUGGCAGCUGAGUGACGAUGUUGUUUUUCAAGACGGAAGAAAACGGUAGUAUCCGAGAGCAACUGUUUCUGCUUACGCAAGACUUACUCAUUUCAGUAUAAAGAGCUUAGAUACUAUUACUCUUGUCGUGUUUGAAAGUGUUUAUAUUCUCAGCAGAUAAAUAUGUGUGAAUGAUUUAAGUGUUAAGUGGUUUUAUGCCAGUACUGAAUGCAACAUAAUAAUCAAGGGGACUAAACUGAAACUACUGUCAUAUCAAUAUGUAAUAUUGAUCAUCAAAGUGUUAUUAAUUACAGGUUUACUAUUGUUUGAGAUUCUGAAACAGAACUACCUGUUUAUUGUGUUUCUGGUGAACUACAGUGACUAAAAUAACAGAGUUCAAGAAACUGGUUUGCAAAAACAGUAUAUUCCGGUAAAGCGUAGUGUAAUAUACUCGGCAAGUGGGUGUAAUACCACGUGACACAGAGGUUCUCCGAACUGGCCAGCAGUCUUACGCUCUCUGUUCGUACGAGUAUAUAUAUACACGCACUGUCAGUCUCUUGCGAAUCGUGUUGUGUGAUGGGCGGUAUGGGUGCUUACCAACUCCGACAGCGUCAACCCCAACGCGAGAAAAUUCUCAUGUGAUGUUGCCGGUUCUAAAUUACAGCAUGGAUGUGCAGAUGCCCACAUUACUUCAUUUUGACGUGACAGUUUAAAUAUUUAUAUUUUCAUUCGAUUUUACAAGAAAAAAAUUUAGUCGAAGUUUCACACAAGUGUAAACUCACUCAUUCACUUACAAAGCAGGCAUCACGACUUGUUAAAACGACCUGCUGUUAAAUCACGGAAUUUAAACACUGCACGUCUUGGGACUUUUUUAAAAUUUUCAAGCUUUUCGCCUCUUUUGCAUUUUUUGUUCUUUAAAAACUCGCUCAAAUACCAGGGUCGAUUGUGGUUGAUUAUCUAACUCUGUUUGUUUCAUUGUUUGAAUUUUAACUAUAUAUUAUCUGAGCCUACAUGAAUUAUGCCCUACGUCACUGGAAAUAUGUGAGCGAUGUUGGGUCCGCAUUACAAGAACACUUCGGGAGCCCGUGUGUUGCAGAACACUUCGAAUCUAAGUUGACGAGUGUACCUAUUUACUGUGAGUGCCAUUAAGAACCUCUCUGUUUCUAAAACCUAUUAAGAGUUACGAUCGGAGACUUACUCUGAAUUUAGUGUACGAAUAUCAUCAGCAAACAUGAAGCAAGGUUCUCAAAGUACGAAGACGCCGUGCUGUUUAAAAACUCCAUCCAUGGUGUCAAUGGAGCACAGACUCCAAGAGACAACACUGUCCAAUCUGAGCAAGAUCAGCAGUGCCGAGAGGGUUACUGUGAACCCUCAGCAGCCGAUAAACAACAACAACAAGUUCCAUACUUUGAACAACCAGAAAAUUCAACGCCGGUUCCCGAGAAAGCUGGCUGUUGACAUCCAGUUCACCGACAUAUACUACAGAACUCGAGUGUGGUCGCUGCAGCAACUAAAGCCAUCAAAGAAGGAGAUCCUUCACGGGGUGAGUGGAGAAUUUCGGUCUGGGGAGCUCACUGCCAUCAUGGGACCUUCCGGAGCUGGUAAAAGCACACUCUUGAACAUCCUGGCAGGCUACAAGAUGCGCGGAGCGGAAGGAUCAGUAAAGGUGAAUGGCCGGAAUAUAAUCAAGGGUCAUCAUAACGAGUUCUUCCGACUGUCGUGCUAUAUCAUGCAAGAAGAUGCCCUGAGACCGGCCCUCACUGUCAAGGAAGCCAUGACCUUCGUGGCGCACCUCCGUCUCGGCUACAGCACGUCACACAGGCAGAAACAGAAGCAGAUUUUUGACCUGCUAGACAUGCUGGGAUUGGCCGAGCACGCUAACACUCGCACCGUAGCCUUAUCUGGCGGUCAGAAGAAGAGGCUGUCAAUUGCCCUGGAGCUCAUCAGCAACCCAUCCGUCCUAUUGCUGGACGAACCGACCACUGGGUUGGACAGUUCCUCGUGCUCUCAAUGUGUGUCGCUACUGAAGCUGUUGGCCCAACAGGGCCGCACUGUUGUGUGUACCAUUCAUCAGCCCAGCGCUCUGCUCUUCGAAAUGUUCGACCACUUGUAUGCUGUGGCUGAAGGCUAUUGCAUCUAUCAGGGUGGCGUCCAGGGGCUUCUCCCCUUCCUUGCAGACAUGGGGCUAACGUGUCCAUCCUACCACAACCCAGCAGAUUACCUAAUUGAAGUGGCGAGCGGGGAGUACGAUGCAGACCUUGCAGUUCUGGCUGCAGAAGCUGCAAAGAGUGUCAGUGAGCGGCGGAAGACGCCUAGGACCAUAACUGCAGGGACUGAAGAAGUUGUUAAGACCAUUUCUGGAACAAAUGUAGACGAUCAGAAACCCCAUGCCCAGUAUGCAAGUCUGGCCAGCAGCGAGGACUCGUCUAUUGAUGAAAUUCCGGAAUCAUCCCCUGUUUCAGCAUCCCUCCUUGCUCAGUUCCUACUGCUAUACUAUAGAAACAUCAUAGUACUCUGUAGAAAUUAUAAGCACUUCAUGAUACGCAUUGGGGCCCAUUUGGGUAUUGGACUUAUAUUUGGGUUCCUAUAUCGAGGAGUGGGUUCAAAGGCUGACUCAGUGUUCGCUAACUAUGUCUAUCUGUAUGGUACAAUUCUGUUCCUUGUGUAUACCGGGAAGAUGGCAGUUACACUUUCAUUUCCGUUAGAGAUGGGUACAUUGAGAAGAGAACAUUUCAAUCGCUGGUAUUCACUGUUGCCUAGUUUCUUGGCCAUUAUUCUGAUAGAGAUACCUAUUCAGAUUUUUUGCUCAAUGAUGUACAUUGUGGUAAGCUACAUUUAUACCGACCAGCCACUGGAAGAAUAUAGGAUCCUUUUGUUCCUCAUGGUAUGUGUUACAGUAACACUCACUGCUCAGGCAGCUGGGUUCUUCAUUGGAGUUGUAACACCUUUCAAAAUUGCUGUGUUCCUGAGCCCCACCAUUGCAGUGUUACUAUCUACUUUUGGCUUCAACAUCUUCCACCAUGACAUUCCUGAAUACUUUUUAUGGUUGUACCACAUCAGUUACUUCAGAGCUGCAUUUCACAGCCUUGUAGUUUCCAUGUAUGGGCACAACAGAACACUCUUGCCUUGUGAACAACUGUACUGUCAUUUCAAGUACCCUGACAAAUUCCUUUAUGAAAUGGAUAUUCGUGAUGUUAACAUUAGUGAAAACACAAUUUUUGUUGGUAGUAUUGGCAUAUUUUUGCAUUUAUGUACAGUUACAGCCAUUUGGAUCAGACUCAACAGGAGAUAAUGAGGAUUGUUCCUGUAGUUCCAUAAUCUUUUCAAUCAUUGCCUACUCCAAAGAUAGAAGAUAGUGCACUGAUGAAAAUGAACUCAGUAAAUACAAAUCAUGUUAAUAUAAAUGUGUUGCUGAUAAUGCAUGAUUGUAACUAAUGGAAACAAAUGAAGUGCUUACAAAUCAGUAUUUGUAGAUAAUUUUAUGUUUUCACAGUAAUACUAUUUUGGAUUUUCUUUUAGGAUAUAAUCAUGUACAUUGGUUAUGUUUUGGAAAUUUCUCUGUAUUUUCAAGACAGAAAACCAAAUGGCCCCUGCUGUACUUAUGGUACAAGUCUGCUGAUUGGUGCAAACUGCUCCAUUUCUUAUGUUGGUGAUAGUCAACAGAAAGUGGAUCAGAGAGAUGAACCUAUAAAGAGUUGAUCUCCAUUUAUGUAUUAAUGUGCAUAUGCACGUGUGAGUGUAAGUUGUAAGUAAAAGAGUGGACAGCUUAUGACUGUCAGAAUAAGGAGAAGAGGGGGAACAUAACAGGAAAAGCAAAUUAACCCUAGAAAGGGCUGUAUCAAACCUAAAGAUGCAGGAAAACACGAUCCAUAUUAGCAAGUCUGUAUUUAUGUAUGAAUGUUUUGCCACUAUAAUGUUCACAUAUAUGUUUUGCCAAGAAAUACUUUGUAUUUUAUUUAUCUUGCACCACAUUUUUUUUUGUGUUGAACAACUUUAGAAGCCCUUGCACUUCUGCUACACUAGAAGAGUAUGUAUAUAAUAUUUUAUUUUUUUCAAAGUGUUAACACUUGCCAGUUAUAAGGUUCAUUGACAAUCUCUUAUUGAGAAUAGUAGACUGGGGUUUGUAAAACAUAAUUUCUUUUACAUCUCUCACAAAUUUUCAGUUGAAUUGUAGAGAGUUGUGAUAGUUAUCAGUUUUCUCAAUCAAAGCCUCAGCCUAAUGUAACAUUUAAACUUCCUAAAAGAAGGGCCCAUAUAUUUCUAAAUGAAAGCUAAAAAUAUUCAAGUGACUUGUCCUACUAGCUCAAAUGCCACAUGACCUCAGUGUAACUUCUAUAUAUAUAUAUCCUCAUUUCUUACUAUGUGUUGCACUAUAUUUUAAUGAGCAACCACAAAACACAACACCCACUUAUUUUUCCUCUGUGUAACAUUUUCUCUCAUUUAUCAUUCAGUUUCAUUUACCCAAGGCAUUAAUUUCAUUGUUAAAUUUCCUCCAUUUAAAGUUGUCCUUGAUGUACCAUUCAAAUCCACUGCUUAUGAAAGCAACCUUAGAUGAAAGUUUCACUGUAAGCACUUUAGUUCUUUGACCCCAUAAACAUAAAUAUCCUCAACUGCUUCAGUGUUAGUAUAAAAAAUAUGAUAUUAAUUUGUGCAUUCACCAAUAUUCACAAAACUUUCAUCAUUUGAACAGUGACAAAGCUCAGAAAACACCAAUUUACAUAUUUUAUUUGUAGGCUGUAAUGCAUCUAGCUCAAGUGGAGCCUUAGGUUUGGUUCCUGAUUCUAGACACUUGUUGGAUUAAGCUUUUUCACUUUUCCUCUGUGUAUCAUCAUUCACUUCUGCUUCAUACUCAUCUGUCACCACUCCAUGAGAUGUAUGAUAUCCUGACUUACAGAAUAACUUAAAUAUGUACU